AUGCCUCCCGACAUAUCCAGCAACAUCCGCGUCUUCGUCCGCUGGCGCGACCAGACCGUCUUCGCCGGCGAGGACGUCAAAUGCACCGUAACAUUCAAGAACGUCGCCCCGACACCGAGCCAGCAACGCCAACAGCAGCAAUCCCAACAGCAGCAGAAGCCACAUGGAGAAAGACAACGAUUGGCGGUGCCGCUGCAGGCUCGGGCGAAGGCCAAUGUCGGCCUGGCAGCGCCGCCUCCGACUAACGCGACAAGAGGGCAUCGGAGGUCUGCUUUGUCCCUUAGCGUUUCAUCAACCAAUUCUCAUAGUCGAUCGGGUUCAGUACAAUGGCCACAGGCUACCGGUAGCGGCGGGGAUUGGCGGCCGGGCCACGCACACAAGCGGUCACUGUCCAUUGUAUCGAUUGGGUCGGCGAAUAAUGCAGAGGAUCAUGUUCAGCGGAAUGAAUCCCCAUCAAGGCCGCACCGGCCGCAUCGGGGUCACAGUCGUGCGGCGAGUUUACAAAUCUCAGCACAAGGCGCGACGUCGCCAGGUCCGGGACCACAGUCAGCGCCUUUCUUCCCUCGACAUAUGAGCUCCCCGCUUUUCAAUGCAUCAUAUCCUCCUGAUCGCUUUGGGAGGCUCUCUGGAGCUUCCACUGCGCCGAAUACGCCCGGGCUUGGUGGCCAAAGACGAGCACCGAAAUCACCAGCGAGACGAGAAAUGCCAAACUUUCGAUUCCCUGCAGGCCCUUCAACCAGAAAUUCAGAGGCUGCUAGUCCGAAUCUCAAAUCUCCCGAUGGGCUUCUUAGUCCGAGGCAAGUUAGUCCUCACGAGAGUAACGGCUUGGCCGUGCGGUUAAAGGAGCAGCCGCAACCGCCAAGCGCCGUGGACCGACCAGCGGCAAGGAUUCUGGCGAGCAAUACGAUACCUGGGGGCACACCGCGGAGCAGUGGAGAGUUUUAUUCUAUGAGCAACAAUUCGUCAGAAACUCUGGUAUCUGAAUAUGUGACGCAGCCGCUAGCACGGGGUAAUGGCCGUUCACCACACGCCAGACGGAGCUCUGGAAUGUCGCCGCAGCAGCAGAAAAUGCCAGAGUCAUUAAUGAUGGGUUAUGCCCAAAUCCAAGGGUCCUUCAUUUUGGAUGGUUCGCUAAUUAGUCUUGGUCCUUUCGAGCAAGUGAAGAAGAAGGGUGCAGUAGGCGGACGAGGUGGUGGUGUUGUUGGCCUCGAGCAAACGAAACGAGACACUGGCUUCUUGGGAAGUUUUGGCUGGGGCAACAUUAGCACUUCCCUGGGUUUCCUCGGCGGGGAAGAAUUGAGCACAAUCAAAGAGAUUCGCGGAGCUGUCAAUUCUAAGUCUAUCCCCUUGCUCAGCACGCCUCAGUCUAUCCUGUUUGUCGACUUACAGCUUGCUCCGGGAGAGAGCCGGUCAUACGAGUAUACCUUCCGGCUGCCAAAGGGUUUACCCCCGAGUCACAAAGGCAAAACAAUAAAGAUAUCAUAUAGCCUGGUCAUUGGCACGCAGAGAGCCGGAGGUGCCAAGGAGCAACAAGUCAGGUCUGUCGAGAUUCCAUUUCGAGUAUUGGGCAGUGUCAAUAGCCAUGGUGAAAUUCUUGGUCACGAUCUCAUGAGCCCGUAUAUACUGCUCCGAGAUGCGGCGGAGGUCAAGAGCCUCGGCAAGCAUGUUCGAAUGCACAAAUCAAGGGCCUCAUUUGGUCCUCCAGCAACAAUGAAUGAAUUCCUCAACUACGUGGAUGACUUGGCUUCCAGGCGGCGAGACUCGACGGGAAAUGCACUGCUGUCCCCAACAGAGUCGACUGCCCAAAGACGUCCAUCGACAUAUGAGGAAGUCGGUACGGCCAAAGAAGCCAUCCAUCUAGCAAUCAUGAGAAGCAACAUGGCCGGAGACGGCCAACAAAGCGCCAAUCGUUUUGAAAUUGCACGCAACGGCCAACGAGUUGGCGUAGUAAUGCUCACCCGGCCGGCGUACCGCCUAGGCGAAGUUGUUACCAUGGCCAUUGACUUCACCGACGCCGAUAUACCAUGCUACGCAGUUCACGCAACACUUGAAACAUCAGAAAAGGUAGACUCCUCACUGGCCAUCCGCUCCGAGUCAAGCCUACAGCGAGUUACGCGAAGAGUGUACGUUGCCUCUUCCGAAGCAGCCAUGUACUCGCGCCGCGUCGUCUUCACGCCCACAAUUCCCAUCUCCGCUACCCCAGAAUUCGUCACCACAGGUGUCAAUCUCGAGUGGAAGAUCCGCGUGGAAUUCGUGGUCCCCUACCAGGGAUCGGAUACAACUCAUCUUGGAGAGCUGCAGGUUCCUCAUCCGCUGCUGGAGCAGAUUUCGCAGGAUGAAAAGGGUGGGCUCGUGCUUGUGGCAAUAGAGAAUCUGGCGUGUGAAAGCUUUGAUAUUUCGGUGCCAUUGAGAGUGUAUGGGGCCGUGGGAAGUGGGCUGGAGAGGUUGGAGAGGGAUGAAGCUUCUGAGGAGGGGUUGGUGGUGUAA